AGCCCCUUCCUCAUUUCCUCUUCGUCGUCCACCUGUAAGGUCCGUUGUUGUGGUCGAAAGCGAACACAUCAACGCUCGCUCUCUCUCUCUUAACUUCUCAUCCUCAUCCUCGUCCUCUCUUCUCCUCCCUCGGUUAGGAGAAGAAAGCAAAAGAAGUGACUCGAGGCUUCUAAUCGUUCUUUUCUUUCCCCCUGGCGGGAGGUUAUUCAAUAGACAUCUUCAAGCGUUCAAGCCAAUGAAGAGCAGAAGGCUAUAAAGCUUUUUUUUCCCCCUCCAAAGCUUUUCUUCGUGGAUUUAGGAAGAAAAGUAUAUAUGCAUGAUUAAAAAGCUGACUGCACGUCGAAACCAAUAGAACUUGGGGCUAUUCACCGUUGAACCCAUUUUUUGGAAUAUACUUUGGAGCGACUAGCGCGACUUUUCCCCGGAAGUGCAUUUUGACAUGCUUGGAAUAUAACGGAGGGAAGUGACGAUGACCCUGACAACACAUUGCUCCAUUUAUUUACUGCUAAUUAUCAAUUGACUUCAGCCAGCGAUAGAUAGGCAAGCGAGGGCGUAAUGAUGACGAUUACGCAUUAAGCGGCGGGCGCAAAGUUCUAUAUUUCCCCUCAAAAUUCCAAGCAUCAGCGCUCCGUAUGAACAUUGAUGAGUGUGAAAGCCUCACACUGUAUCCAUUUUGGAUGCGUAAAAGUGGACCGACUGCUCCCGAGUGAUGCGCGCACACACAAGGACCGGCCGGUAUCGGUGACAUAUUCAAGAGAAGAGUGCAGAAAAGGGGGAAGCCUUAUGAAUACAUAUUUAGAACGCAAAAAGUUUGCUAAGGGGUUCUGAGUGUCGCUUUUGGCACAGAGGGGCAAGAGGACGCGAGCAUCUGGAAAGGAAACGCUUGGCUGCAGCGGUGGGGAAAAAAAGAAAAAAAAAAGAGAGGACAGAGAUUGGAUUAUUUGAAAACAAUAAAAUAUUGCCCAGGUCAAUAUCGUAUCGUUGGCAUCGGUUGUGGAGGCGGCGGGACUUGUAACGCUCACAUAUAGCAGGCCGAGGUAGGGCAUACGUACCGCAAUACUGCAUAAAACAUUUUCAAAACAAAAUAUACUGGGAUGUGCCAGGUGAACAUGGUCAGAAGGGCAACCCUGUCUACAUUUAAACGGUCCCAGUGGAGAGGAUAGCGAUGAAGACUUCACUCUUUCUCCUCCUCAUCCUUGCCCUCCUUGCCUCUGGAGCCAGCGAUGAUGUCAAGUACAUCUCCAAAAGGAACUCUGUUGAUGGGUGCAUCGACUGGUCAGUGGAUCUCAAGGAGUACCAUGUUCUGGCCGGUGAGCCGGUAAGGGUAAAAUGUGCCUUGUUCUACAGCUAUAUCCGGACCAACUACACCAUGGCUACCAACGCCAAACUGCGUCUCAUCUGGUACAAGAACAAAGGGGACGCUGAGGAGCCCAUCAUCUUCUCAGGCCAUAGGCUGAGUAAAGAAGAUGACUCCAUCUGGUUCAGGUCUGCUGAAAUGGAAGACAAUGGUUUCUACACUUGUGUACUAAGGAACUCCACAUAUUGCAUGAAGGUGUCUAUGUCCAUGACUGUGGAGGAGAGUGAUGAAGGGAAAUGCUUCAGCAGCAACAUCCGCUAUCUAGAGAAAGCCGAGAUUACCCACAGCAAAAUGAUCACAUGUCGUGAUAUAGAUGAUUAUUUGGCUCCAUACAAACAACCUCAAAUGACCUGGUACAAGGAGUGCGAGCAGGUUGAAUGGAGAAGCUCAAUUAUCGUCAACAACACACACAUCUGGAUCCCUAAGGUGGAGGAGGAAGAUGGGGGGAAUUACACCUGUGAGCUGCAGUAUGGAUCCAGACUGGUGCGCAGGACAACACAGCUCAAAGUCACAGCUCUCCAGACCACCCAGCCACCUAAAGUCCUUUUCCCACCGGAGAGACAAGACACUGUGAUAGAGAUCACACCCGGUAUGCCUCUCAGUCUGGACUGCAAAGCAUUUUUUGGCUACAGUGGAGAAAACAGGAGACCCAUCAUCUACUGGAUGAAAGGAGAGAAGUUUGUUGAAGAACUUGCAGGACAUAUUAAAGAAAGUGAUGUCAGGAUUUUAAGGGAGCAUUUGGGAGAAAAGGAAGUGCAGCUAUCUUUAACUUUUGAUGCUAUUGAGGAGACUGACCUGGCUAAUUACACCUGCUACGUGGAGAACCACAUCGGACGGCGCCGUGGGAGUGCUAUACUGCAGAAGAAAGAUAUGUAUCGUCUGGAGUUGGCUGGUGGUCUGGGUGUCAUAUUGCUGCUGCUAGGAGUCCUAACAGCGCUUUAUAAAUGUUACAACCUGGAAAUUAUGCUGUGCUACAGGAGACAUUUUGGCAGUGAUGAAACUGAAGAUGAUAACAAGGAGUAUGAUGCCUAUCUCUCAUAUACCAAAGUGGAUCUGGACUCUUUGGGCAGAACCAGCAGCGAUGAGGAAACUUUUGCUUUGGAGAUCUUGCCUGAUGUCUUGGAGAAACACUAUGGAUACAAGCUGUUUCUACCAAACAGAGAUCUCAUUCCAAGCAGUACAUACAUUGAGGACCUAGCUCGUAGUGUGCUGCAGAGCAGACGUUUGAUCAUUGUUUUGACACCAGAGUUUGUGGCCAAGAGAGGUUGGAGCAUCUUUCAGAUCGAAACACGCCUCCACUCCAUGCUGGUAACUGGGGAAAUCAAGGUAAUCAUGAUAGAAUGUGCAGAUCUGAAGAGUGUGAUCAACUAUCAAGACGUAGAAGCACUUAAACAUACAAUCAAGGUUUUAUCCAUCAUCAAAUGGAGGGGUCCAAAGAGCAAUGAAUUGUCAUCGAAGUUUUGGAAAAAGGUGGUCUAUGAGAUGCCUGCUAAACGAAGAGAGACUUUGUCCAGACGUCAGGUGAUGGACUCGGGUGAGCAGGGCCUCUUUGGAGACCUACAGACAUCCGUUUCCACCAUUGCCAUGACAACCACCUCAGCAUCCCUGGUGCCUCCAAGUGAGAAUCGGCAUGGACAUCAUCAGGUUUCCUUGGCAACAGAGAUCCCUGACUACAACCAGAUGACCUUGCCUGUCGGAGGGGGUCACAUGGCUACAACAGCCCAAAUGAGGCAUUUCUGCCGUAGCUACGAGUUUCACCUUCCCCCGCAGCCUCCUGCUCUGUCGCCUCCUCUCCCGCCUCCAUCUACCAUGCAGUUCUCCACUCUGGGCCCUGGGGGGCGCCACGUCUACUGCAACAUCCCCAUGACACUUCUGAAUGGACAGGGGUUCAGGGCAGUUGACUGGGGAAGAAGAGGUUUCCCAGAGCAGCACACUUGGAAAGAAGCCCGAUCUUCACCUGAACAGCACCUUUGUCCCACUCACCAGCAGAGAACUAAGCUCUGAUAUCUGGUAGAAACAUUGCUCUGCUGAUACUGGAUUAAAGACUACUGGUUUACAAAGAAAUUCUCACUGACUUGGGACAACGGUUUUUGGUCCUUGUACAGACGCUGGUUGGGGUUUCUGAAUCCCACGUUGCAAACAAAAACUGCUUAAAUACUCAAAAACGCGUGGACUGGACAAUAUUUGGACUGCUUAUAGACCAUUACAGAUCAUUAAACUGAUUGUAGAUUUGUACUGAACCUCCCACUGAAUUACAGACUGAUAUAAAAUGGUGAGUAGGAUUUAAAAGGACAUUUGUGCUUGCAAUACAAGUAGAUACGCCACUGAAGAUAUGCAGCCUGAUAAGAAGCAUGGACAUGUUGGAUUUAUUGAUGUUUUGAACUGGAAAUGUUUUUGAGAAAGGUCCACAAUAUUUAAGCACUACAGUAUUUCGUUAUCCACUAGCCAUGGGAUUGUAUUAGGGCCACACUGGAAAAAAAAAAAAGAAGAAGUUACAAGACUCAAGUCAUAGGCAGUAAUAUUGUUAAUUCAAUGAGGAAAAAAAUCACACACCAAUGCGUAUUCUUUUCAUUCUACUACUAAAUUGGAAUUAACUAUAUUAUGUCACAUUUUCAUAUUUUGAUUUUCUUCUCAUCAUUUUCUUUUCUUUUUUUCAGUGUAGACCUAAUACAGUACUAGUGUUGGACAUUGGAAAAAAUGUUGGUCUAGACAUUGGAUGUUUUAUUUUGAUUUGAUUUUUUUUUUAAUACCUUAACAACUUGGAAUGUUUGGUUGUCCUUAGAAAAUGCUCAGGUCAUAAAAUGAUCUCAAACAAUAAUCUUGGGACACUAUUCCAUCCUAACAUUAGGUAAAUAUGUUAUGUUGGCUAUCAGACACUAAGGUUGUGGACUUCCACAAAAGAUUUCCAUUGAUAAAAUUAAGACAAAAAGGAUGACAACAACUGUAAAGCCAGUCCACAUGAUGCACAUGUAUGUAAACUACAUCCAGAUUACGUAAUUGUUGAGGAAAGAUGUUAGCAAAGGAAAUGAGAAGCUACUUCAGUGUUCAGCUGGUUGAACUGGUGAAAAGAUUAACUGGAAAACCUUUACCCCGAAUCAGCAGGCCUAAAGUACGUGGCUUUUUCUAUUUGCAUGAUCACUCAUUUAAAUAUUUUAAAAUAAAAUUUAAAAAAAACAAUAGGUAGACUAAAUGAUGCAAUCAUUUGUCGCAGCCUCUUUUAAACUGGGGGAGGUCAUUAUUUGAUAGGGUAACAGAUAGAAAAAAAGGAGUGGUUCUCCUAAAUGUUCCAAUUUUGUAUUUAUUUUGUUUGGCUUUGUUGACAGUUUUAUCCCUCUUUAACUUUGGGGAGAGUUUUACCUGACUUAGUUUUUCAAUGUUGGUUUGUUACAAUAAUCUGUACAGCUUCAAUAAUGUACACAUUUAUCUAUCCAGGAAUGAUUUCUUCCCUACAGUUUCUGUUUUGUGUCAUUUCGUUCCUCUUUAAAGAUGGGUUACCAACAGUCGACAGGGAGCACCAGUGUUGUUCUUUGUAAGCUUUAACAAAUAAGAAAGAUAAUUAUUCUUACCAUAAUAUUUAAGCAAAGAUAACUUGUUUUGAUUGAUUAUGCAAAAGUGAUUGUCUUUACAGUAAAAGAACCAAUGAAUUCUGGAUAUUUGAGAUGAUUUGAUACAAUAAUUAUCAUUGAGUUGUUAUGUCCAAUUGCAAUAUAAAGUUUAGUGGUGGUUUUAUAUGGGGUGCCGUUUGUAAAGCUGCUCACGCCAAAAAUAACAGCAACAUUUUGUCACAUUUAGCUUCAAAACGUGUUUAAAAAACAAACAUUUUCGAGUCACUUUUCUGCACAUUUAGAACAAUAUUUUUCAACUUUAGUUAAAUCCAAAUAUUAAAUGUUACACCUAAAUCUCAAAUCUAAAUAUAUAUAUUUAAAUGUUAAAUAUAUAUCUAAAUAUGAAUCUUAAAUAUAAAUGUUAAAUAUAUAUAAAUCUUAAGUGUACAUUUAAAUACAAAUCUUAAAACUAAAUGUUAAAUCUUUAUAUAAAUGUUAAAUCUAUAUCUUAAUAUAAAUCUUGAAAUUAAAUAUAAAUAUGAAAACCAAAUGUUAAAUAUAUAUCUAUCCAUCCAUCCAUUUUCUGAGCUGCUUCUCCUCACUAGGGUCGAGGGAGUGCUGGAGCCUAUCCCAGCUAUCAUCGGGCAGGAGGCGGGGUACACCCUGAACUGGUUGAUUAAAUAUAUAUUUAAUAUAAUUAUUAAAUAUAAAUGUUAAAUCUAAAUAUUUCAGGUUGAACAAAAUAUUUAGCUAAUAUACAAAUCCACACAUCCAAGAAAGGGUAGUGCCAAAACAAAAGCUGUGUGUUUGUAGUGUCAAAAAAAUUCACACCAUUUUUUUAAAACACUGUUUGAAGCUAAAUCUGACAAAAUGUUGCUGUUAUUUUAAGUGUGAGCCGCUUUACAAACGACACCCCAUAGUUUUAUGAUUUACGCUAAUUAUUUUGUAUAAUCUUUGGAUAUAUUGGUUGAAAUAAUUUAAACAAAAAUAAAAGUCAUAUGAGUUGUUUUAUA